CCUGACUCGGAUCUGGAAGCACCAGUCAGUCCUGGGUUCACUAUUCUCGACCUUACUGAGGAGGAACAAUUGCAAAUGGCUCUCCGGGCUUCUGCCGCUGAGACCGCCGGUUGUUCUACGUCUGCUUCUGCAUCCGACCCCGUUAACACCCCCAGCACCUCGGCCUCAGCUACAAAUGUGCAUUCCUCCACCCGGCCGCUCCCCAAACCAAGUAACCCAGCUCAUGCUCUUCGGAUCGCCCUGCGUUUACCAUCUGGCACUCGAGAGGUUCUGGAACUGGACCCCAAUAUGCGGCUACGUGUAAGUCUUCUGUUCAGUUGUUUCCUAAGGCUCCAGCCAUGCCAGAAUGUGGUCUAA